AAACCUGAAAACUGGAAAUUCAGCAGAUGAAGUGAAGAGGGAUGUUGUCAAGACAAAGUCCAGUGAGACGGCGUGACAUGUGUGGCUAAGGCCAAGAGGACGGCACCAGGAGGGAGUGGUAAGACUGGCACUGACGUCACACCUGCAGAUGGAUCCAUGAACCCAUGGAACUGAGCGCUCUACAGGCCUCUUCCUCCCUCCCAUCAGGAUCAUGCACACGUCGGCAGUGCUGAUCUCUGCAGCUACCAUGAGCAACAUGACAGUCGUCGACACUGACCCGUCCGACCUCGACAUGUCCUCCUCUGAUGUCAUCUACCCCGUUAGCUUCCAGGUUUCCCUGACAGGAUUCCUGGUCCUGGAGAUAGUUCUGGGUCUGAGCUCCAACCUCACUGUGCUGGUCCUCUACUGUUUGAAACAGAACCUCAUCAGCUCCGUUUCAAACAUCAUCACCAUGAACCUACAUGUGGUUGAUGUGUUGGUGUGCGUUUGCUGCAUCCCACUGACCGCUGUGGUGGUGCUGCUUCCCCCAGAGGCUGACACUGCCAUAAUCUCCUGUUUCCACGAGGCUUGCGUCUCCUUUGCCAGUGUGGCUACUGCUGCUAAUGUCUUGGCUAUCACCCUGGACCGCUACGACAUCUCAGUAAGGCCGGCUAAUCGUGUGCUUACGACGGGUCGAGGUGUAGCUGUACUGGGCUCCAUCUGGGCUCUGUCGUUUUUCAGUUUCUUGGUUCCGUUCAUGGAGGUGGGCUUCUUUAUAGACUCUGGUUCACACCUGGUCAACCAGACUGUAGAGGACACCGUGGCUCAUAUAAACCAGUACUACACAGAGCCAGGUCUGUACUAUCACCUGCUGGCACAGAUUCCCAUAUUCUUUUUCACAGCACUAGUCAUGCUAGUGACGUACUACAAGAUCCUCCAGGCACUAAACAUCCGCAUCGGGACACGUUUUCAACACAACCUGCCUAAAAAGAAGAAGAAGAGCAAAAACCCUGCGACUCAGCUGGAGUCAACGGACGCAUCUCAGAGCAGCACAGGUGUGAGGGCCAGUGGGAGUGGGGGUGGAGGUGGGAGUGCCCCUUUAGGCAUGAGGACGUCAGUGUCUGUCAUUAUAGCGCUGAGGAGGGCAGUAAAGCGCCAUCGAGAGAGACGUGAGAGGCAGAGGCGGGUCUUCAGGAUGUCCCUCCUCAUCAUCUCCACCUUUCUGUUGUGUUGGACACCAAUAACGGUGCUCAACACCGCCAUCCUCAGCACCGGGCCCAGUGACAUGACGGCUCGUCUACGUAUGGGCUUCUUAGUCAUGGCUUACGGGACCACCAUCUUUCACCCACUGCUAUACGCCUUUACCCGACAGAAAUUCCAGAAGGUUUUGAAGAGCAAAAUGAAAAAGAGGGUGGUGUCUGUGGUGGAAGCUGACCCCACACCAAACAACGUGGUCAUCCGUAACUCCUGGAUCGACCCCAGAAGAAACAAAAAGGUCAAGUUUGAGGACACGGAGGCCAGACAGACAUGUUUAUGUUCUCAGGAUGCAGAAUAAAAAGAACUAACUGAGAUGUAAAUAUGUCAAAUAUGU